AUGACGCAGCAAACUAUGUCAUCAGACAUCUCUAGUGAUAGAAAAUAUGUGAUUGCCGAUUGGCAUCUACAACAGCAUGGCAGUUUUAGUAGUCUUGGUCGUUCACGAGAUAUUUCGGUAACACAGUUUUCUUCUACUCAAAGCUUAACAGAUUAUUUAUAUCAAUAUAUUCAACAGAACUAUAAACAUGUGAAUAUUACGGAUAGAAACUGCAGUGUUCUCGAGCUUUGUAAAAUAGCUAUUGAUGAAUCAAAUAGAUUGUUAGCUUCAAAUAGCAGUGAAAUUUCUCGUGUAACUAGUCGUCAUAUUUGGCCGGCGAAUCACAAAUUAUUGAUGGGAUGCCUUGUUGAUGCACAUAUUGUUGCUACAUGUCAUGAUAGAUAUGAAAUAAGCCCUUUGAUACAACUGAAUGAUGAAACUACUUAUUGUUUGAUGACUCAGCUAGGAAAUCAUCCUACACACGUAAAAUUUGUAUGUGGCACCAAGUCUCUACGAGAAGAAAUUUUGCAACGAUUUAAGUGGCCAUUUCAAACGAAUUAUAAACCUGCACAACGCCAAAUCGACUUAUUUGUUCUUAAGAGUGAAAACUUUUCGGUGCAAGAAUUUUGUAAUUAUGCGACAAGUCAAAGUUGGCAUGAGCUUGAUUCUACAUUUCUGCAUGGUGUUCUCGUUGAUUUCAUUAUUGCUGGUGAACCAUUGGUGUUUAACGAACAAAUCCAUUAA